CAACUAAUCGAAUAGCUGAACCGAACCACAAAUAGUCGACGAGAACAAAAACCUCAACAACAACAGCGACGAGCACAAAAUUGAAGAGGAAAAGGAGACUUGUUGUUAGACAAACACAGUGUUGACUAAUUGCAACAACCAGAACAGUGAAGGAAAUAAAACCUAAAAAUGUCUGAGAAAUAUAUGAAAAUUACCUACCAAGGCCAGCCGCCUGCAAAGAAGUUGAAUGCAUAUUUGCGUAUGCCCUCUCAGACCUAUGCCGUAUUGCGUCUAGAAAUUGAAAUGUAUUUGUUCCAAGAACGUCAAUUGCCAAAGGCCGAGAUUAAGACUUUUUGGAUUGACGCCGAUAAUGAUGAAAUCGAGAUCGUCAAUCAAAUCGACUAUGAUAUUUUUUUGAGCAAAUGUGGAAUCAGUAUGCAUCUGCAAAUUGCAGCCAUCAAAGAGACGGUCAAGGGUAAAUCGGCCCCUGCUCGCGACACUUCCGAUUCAAUCAUCCAUUACAAGAUCACGUGCGACAGUUGUGGUCUUACGCCAUUAGUGGGAUUCCGCUACAAGUGCAUUCAAUGCCCGGACCUCGAUCUUUGCCAGGCCUGUGAGGCAUUCCGCAGACAUCCCCACCAUAUGAUGAUCCGCAUGCCAACUUAUGACGAGAAAUACAAAGUGUUGCGUAAAGCCAGUUGCCCACACGAUCCGUUUGCGGGAAACGGUUGGGAAAUAGUUAGAAAUUCAUGAAACUUUAAAUAUUUAAAGAAUUUUAAUAACCAUUUUAUG